GGACGGAGCUGUGAGGAGACGAGGAGCUGCCGCUUUAUUACCGGAGAGGUGUUUGAUAUCAACAGCACGUCUGAGACUGCGCGGAGCGGACACAAAGUCCAUAACUACAACACAUCGUUGCUUUUAUUUAUUUUACGAUCGUGCGCGUGCAAAGAAAAGGUAGAAAAUCCUUAUGAGGAUUUGGUGUUGUGACAGUUUUCAGCUGCUCCAGUUUGGAGCGAAUAAGUGCGCGUCGCUCUCAGUGUUUCUUGACUUCGUUUCCACCUGGAGUUGUAUGUCUUCACCGUCAACAUGAGAGCUCAAAUAGAGGUAAUUCCGUGUAAAAUCUGUGGGGACAAAUCAUCAGGGAUUCACUAUGGUGUCAUCACCUGUGAAGGCUGCAAGGGUUUCUUCCGACGCAGCCAGCAGAACAAUGCUAUGUACUCCUGUUCACGACAGAGGAACUGUUUAAUUGACCGGACCAACCGAAACCGCUGUCAACACUGCAGGCUGCAGAAGUGUCUGGCUCUGGGCAUGAGCCGUGAUGCCGUCAAGUUUGGUCGAAUGUCCAAAAAGCAGCGAGACAGCCUGUAUGCAGAGGUCCAGAAGCACCAGCAGUCCCAGGAGUGUGCGGGUCUCGGUGUCCGCGAGGAGAAGAUUGACAUGGCCGACCACGGGCGCACAUACAGAAGAGGCUCCAGCGCCGCGCUCAGCGACCUGGACGACAUGACCAUGCUGCCAGAAGGCCUGCUGUUUGACCUGCCGCUGACCCCAGAGGACGCAGGUGGAGAGUACUGUAACCUGGACAUGCUUGGCGGCAGCGGAGGCAGCAGCUCAUCCUCUCAGAGUUCACCAGAACAGACCAACUUGGACUUUGUAGACGGCAACUACAAUAUCAAGCAUGAGUACCAGCUGUUGCACGACUCUGGACUCUUCUCGCAUGCUAUCCUCAACCCGCUGCCUGAGGGCUGCUCCCUGCUUGAGAUAGAGCGUAUAACUCAGAGUGUGCUGAAGUCCCAUAUUGAGACGAGUCAAUACAGCGCAGAGGAGCUGAAGAGAAUGGCGUGGACCUUAUACAGCCCAGAAGAGACGCGCUCAUACCAGACCAAGACAGCUGAGGUGAUGUGGCAACAAUGUGCCAUUCACAUCACCAAUGCAAUCCAGUAUGUGGUAGAGUUUGCCAAGCGCAUCACUGGAUUUAUGGACCUCUGUCAGAACGAUCAGAUCAUCCUCCUCAAAGCAGGUUGCAUGGAUGUUCUUCUAAUCCGUAUGUGCCGGGCCUAUAACCCUAUCAAUAACACAUUGCUGUUUGAUGGAAAGUUUGCCACUGCUCAUCUCUUCAAAGCACUUGGCUGUGACGAUCUUGUGAAUGCAGUGUUUGACUUAGCCAAAAGCCUGAGCCGUAUACAGAUGUCUGAGGAAGAGAUGGCUCUCUUCAGUGCUGCGGUGCUGCUCUCACCUGACCGACCCUGGCUGACAGAUGUUCAAAAGAUACAGAAGUUGCAGGAGAAAGUCUACGUGGCUCUGCAGCGCUGCCUACAGAAAGAGGGAGCAUCGGAAGAGAAACUAGCAAAGAUGGUGUCUAAGCUUCCCACUAUGAAGUCCAUUUGCAACCUUCACAUCGACAAACUGGAGUUUUUCCGUCUGGUCCACCCUGAGACAGCAUAUACCUUUCCUCCUCUGUAUAGGGAGGUUUUUGGCAGUGAAAUCGCCUUCCCAGACUCCACAGAGGGCUAGCACCAUUUAGCUACAGUAGCGGGAUUCAAAUAGAGACAUUGAGGUGUAGUGAGGGGGAGAUAAAAAUGUGGCAACCAGCAGCUCAAUGACAAUCCUGCAUGCUACACUUUAGGACACACUCCUCUCACCUAUGAGCUCCCACCAUGUGGAGUAGCUCACACUGCCCUGCCAGCCAGUCCAGUCCUUCAACGUAACACUACAGGAACUGCUGCAGUGCAUGUUACCUCUUUUUUUAGGGACUUAUUAAAAAGUAGCCUACAUUAUUUGUAUUCUCAAAAAUAUUUUUCUAUGAGAAGACCUCAAACCUCUCAUCAAGCUGAAUUUGACUUUUACAGUUCUCACAGUUCCUGUAAGCUAUUGUUGAAUGUACCCCUUUUUCCCUUUACCGUUCAGCGAAGCCCUAGGCUCGAUAUAGAAUGUAUAUACUUUAAAUCCUCACCUGCUCUGUGGAGGUUUGCAGUAAUGAUGCCUGUUUCAGUUCUGAGUCUCAACAGUUUAUUAUUUCAAUCAAUGUUUUGGUAGCGCCCAUAUUUUGCAGUUUUGUAACGUAUGAACAAACUGUUCAAAGGGACCAUGAUCAAAUUCACAAACUGUGCGAAUCAGGUGCAAACCUUCAGAGUGUCUGCUACCACCAUGCACCUACAAACUCUUGUGCACAGAGCACAAAAUAUAGCACUUAUCUUUGGAGGUAUUUUACUAGCACACCCACAGACACUGAUGUAAGUGAGCUCUUUUUUUUAAUGCAAUCAGUGACCUCAGCCCUAAUACCUUUUCCCUUUGAAAAUGCCACUUUGACAGUGAGAGAAUCACAGAGGUAUUUUGAAAGUAUUUUCAGAUGCUCCUUUUAUAUAUAUACAUAUAUAAAUAAAUACCUAUAUAAUCAUGUAAGAUAAGAGUAGUCAUGAGGAGGAGGGUGAUGUGCUUGUGCUCAGGUCUCUCAAAUAGAUACUGCCUGUUCAAACUUUGAGGUUCUGGGAUGGAAACAUUAUCGUUGCUGAAACAAAAAUCUGAUGGAUAAUUAGCACUUAUGAGUCCUUGUUAGAAUCCAAACUCUUGGCACAAGAUUUUACGGGUUCACAUUCAGACUGCCAUCUGUGAAACUUAUACAAAACCAGUCGGAAAUGGUAGAUGGGCCCUCCCACUGUAGAUAAGCUGUAUGAACAAGGUGGCGGGCUGUCGACCACUGUGGGAGGGGCAUCUGGAACUGUCACCCCUCCGCAGAACAGUGCCAUCGCCCGAAAACCUCCAGCACCGUCUCAACCAGCAGAUUCAAAAGACUUUGGGAGUAAAAGAAAGAAAAUGAACUGAGAGUUUGGUGUUGAAAUGAAACGCCACGUUUCUACCUUCAUAGUCGGACGAGAGGUAAAGACAUGGACCUCUGUGUUAUUUAAGCUCCUUCGACAUCAGUCAGAGGGGAUUUACUGUCUGCGCCAACUCAACGCUUCAGGUUGAGGCAGACUGUGCUAUCGCUGAUCGGAGAAUUAGAUCCUCUGUUCCUUUUUCCCUACUCCCUUACUACCUCACCCUCUUUAAACACUACAUGGCACAGCAAAGUGUUGACAGAGCCAUCAGCUACCCCCCUGAGUUAGUAUUUUUGCUUACUUACUAGAGAGCUUCUUCGAAAAUAUAACAUUUAGUGGUAAAAUUUGAAGGCCAGUGAUGACAAAUAAAAUAUUUUUAUGCUCUUAAAGGGACAGUUCACCCCAAAAUCAAAAAUCAGUUGUUUGUUUCUCUUGUUUGUAGUGCUUGUUGUGUUUUUCUUUCGGCAAGUUGCUGAGUGUUGGAGUUACCAAAACUAGAUUGAUAAAUAGCACUACAGGUAAAAGAUGUUUUUUUUAUUUUUGGGUGAACUGUCCCUUUAAAACUGGACCGAAACAAAAAGCAAACUGAACUGCUGGAUCUCCUUAUAUGGAGGACAUCCUCACUGACUGCUUUUAUGUUAUUUGAGAGCAGUUUGUGCCUUCAGGUCCAGGAAGCCCUACUUAGAUACAGAUCUAUCUGAAGUAAAGUCUCUGGAGACACAGGGUGUGUCCAGUUAAAAACCCUUUUCUUCGAAGUAGGAGGACAUAUUGGAUUUCUGCCGCUCUACCAUUAUCCUAAAGAAGCUUCUAGAAAGAAUAGUUGCAAUUGAUGCUGUUUUUAUCCUAAGCAUUUGAAGACAAUCAUACGACAUAUGUUGGAUGUUUUACUUAAUAUGUCCGCCUGGUUUGCUUUGCACUGCUGGGACAGUGCUGUUCGCCAUACACUAUCUCACUAUAGUAUGAAGGGGUAUUACCCUUUUUGCUGGGUACGUACUGUCAGACAGUGGCAUGGUGGGAUUGUGCAAUAAUGUCUCUCCCAUUGUUUCAGUAUGUUGGGCCUUUGUUGCCAUGCAUUACGGUUAUUAUUUUCAGAAGCACUCCAGCACAGUUAAUCUCACAGCAAGACUAAAUAAUGUUAUUUAGAAUAUAUUGUACCAAAAAUACACAGUAGCCAACCACUACACAGGUCAGCUCAGUCAGGCGACGCGACGACAGACAAGUGACACUUACAGAUUGUAACAAAGUGCAAUACUUUGUGUGUGUAGAAUGUUAGUUAUGCUGAUUUGAAAAGAUUCAGUAUACUUUAUAGUUUUUUGCAGGCCUAAAAGCUGUCCAGGGGACAGCACUUGGUGAAGAUCAGCAUUUUACAUUUCCGUUUAGAGUUACUCAGGGAGAUAGCUGGGCUCUCUGUCCUACAGUGUCUGCAGUUUGUCUAGCUAGCAAGACACCUUGCACCAACAUAGAAGACCUUAAAACCUUGAUCACUGUGUACAGUAAAUGUUUGUGUGAAUGUUUGAUUUCAGAAGUAUCAAAGAUUUUACCCCUGUCUAAUAUCAUUAUUGCAAAACUUUUUUGAGUUUGAGUUAUAGAUGAAAUAGGAUCUUUAAAAAAGUAAAUAUAGUAAAUAUAUAUAUAUAUAUAUAUAUAUAUAUAUAUAUAUAUAUAUAUAUAUAUAUAUAUAUAUAAUAUAAAAGAUGGAUUAUAAUCUCUGAAUCUUGUGUUGGUUUUGUUGUGAUCUUUUGUUUCUUAAUUUCUAUCCCUAUGUGUACUGUUUUUUUCUUAUCAGUUUAGUGUCCUUUUUGUCUUGGAGAGAUGUAAUUCUAUUUUUUUA